AUGGGAGCCUGGGUUUCCGAUAACUAUGACCAGAUUACACCAUGUUUUAAUGUAAAUUAUUGGAAAGUUCACUCGGCAGUUAAGAAAUCUACUCAAGAAAAAGUCUGUUUGUGGCAAUUAGAUAUAGAAACACUAAAAUCGAAAGUCAAAAGUCAAGCUACAAUUGACACAUACGUUAAAAAUUGUUUAUCUGGUCUCCAAAUGCAAAAGCGACUGUUACAUCCUCACAUUCUAAAAAUUCUCGAAAUAAAUGAACAAUCACCAGCACUAUCAUUCGCUUCCGAGCCAGUAGAGACUUGCAUUACACUAGAUACGCGUUUAUCACGUGAUGAAAUACUCUAUCUUGCAAAGCAACUAUGCGAAACGCUCGAAUUUCUCCAUAAUUCUGCCAAAAUUGCUCAUCUCUGUUUAAGUCCAGAUUCUCUUUGUUUAACAAGCGAUUUCUCAGUCAAAUUAACAAACUUUACAUGGGCGUGUCAAAUAGCAGAAGAUGAGAAAUCAGUAUUAGUCCUUAAACCUUCUUCUUCCCCUCUAAAUGUUCCUUCUUCUUUCAUGUCGCCUGAACAAUUUAAUUCUAAAAACGUGACACUUAAAAGUGACGUUUUUAGUUUUUCAUCAUUGAUUUGUUCAUUGAUUGCUGGUAGAACGAUUUACGAGUGUCCCAAUAUUAACACAGAUUCGUUGAUUCCUCGAACAAUUGAAGAUGAUACUCGAGAAGCUUUAGCUGCUUGUUUUGAUGAUGAUCCAAAUGAUAGACCAAGUUUUAGUGAACUUAAGAAAUGCACAGGAAUAUGUGUUGUUACUACACAAGUCUAUACUUAUAUAGAUAAUGCAUUUUCUAAGUCUCCACAAGAUAAAUUCGCUUUCUUGAAAGGUUUGUUUAAAAUUAUUCCGAAUUUGUCUGUAAGAUUAAUGAACAAAAAGAUAAUUCCUUUCUUGAUUGAUGAAUUAGAACAUGAUGUAAGGUUUUCUCCUGCUGUUGUGCCUCUUCUGAUUAACAUUGGUCAUAAAAUUGGCCAAAAUCAGUUUAUGACAACAAUUUUUCCAAUUAUUUCAAAAUAUUUUUCUGUAACGAACCCAAUUGAGCUUCCUUUAGCUCUAUUUUCGUGUUUCGAGAUAUUACUGGAGCUGAUACCUCCUGAAAUGCACUUCGAUGUCAUUUAUCCUGUCUUCAAAGCUUCUCUUGAUAAUGGAAAUAAAAGAUUAAGAAUUGAAAGUGUCAAAAAUAUUCCAAAAUUCAUAGAAAUACUUAGUGAAAAUGGAAAUAGUGAUAGGAAAUUGAUUAAUGAUAUAUUUGAAAGACUUGUUGUUAGUUUAGGUACUCCUAAUGAAAUGGAUAAUGAUACAUUAACUUUAAUUGUUCGUUCAAUUAAAUUUAUGACAAAAAAUAUUGAAAAUGAAUAUAUUUCAAGGAAAACAUUUAAUUUAAUUGGUCAAAGAUAUUUAGAAUACCCGUCUAAAGAGUGUUCUGAAGAGAUUUUAAGCUUGCUAAUGUCAAAUAAAAUGUCAAUUGAAGAUAUCUUGAAAUACUCUGUUCCAUUGGCAUCAAUAGUUAUAUCUGAUAAGAGAUCGUCGCAGGAAGUUAUCUUAACACUUUGUAAAUUCGUUUCUAGAGUGAUUUCAAAAAGACAAGACGAAAUUGCUCAAAUGCCAAAGAGUAACAACGAUGAUAAUGAAGAUGCAAAUGAUGGAGAUGAUAAGGUUGAAGCUGAAAGGCCAGUUGUUAUUAAACCGAAAAAUGCAAAUAAAAGAAUUCUGACAAGAAAGAAUUCAAAACAAAUUAACACUGAUACACCAUCUGUUGAUGCAAAACCACAGAUUUCUGACCAAAAUGAUGAUGAAAUUCUCGAAGAAUUAGAUGAUAUCCAAGAAAAGAAAAAGCAAACAAAGGUAAAUGAAGAAGAUGAAGCUGUUAAUGAAAUAGUUACUGUACCCUCAAAGAAAGAUAGAAAACCAAAGCUCAAAACAAAAUAUUAA